CUUCUUCUCCAUGUUUAUCAUCCGCGCAUCCGAUAUCGACGAGGAUUGAGCACCAUCCAGGGUCAGGGCAGCCGAACCGAAUCAUGGCGGCGCCGUUAGCCCACUUCGAUGAAGACUGGCAGGAUUUCAACGAAUUCAAGGCGGCCUCCGGGUCGCCGAACCGACUGGACCAUCUGAACUCGAACGUAGCUGACACGGGGUUGGUGGAGGAUUUCUCGGACCUCGACAACAGCUUCUCGGGGGAGAUAUGCAGCUUCAAGUCAAUGGAGGACCUUGUCCACGACUUCGAUGAGAAGCUGACAGUUUGCUUCCGAAAUUACAACACUAAAACUGAAAACAUAGCCCCCAUUAAACCUAUCACAGAAGAUAAUUUCCUCAAGGAUGACGAGGUGUGGAAUGCUCUGACCGAUAACUAUGGCAACGUGAUGCCAGUGGACUGGAAGACAUCUCACAUUCGCUCCCUGCAUCUCCCCACACUCAACCUCCGUGAGCAGGGGAAGCUGGACAACAUGCCUCUGGACCUAUCUGAUGAUGAGGAGCUGAGGGAACAGAUGGACAUGCACUCCAUCAUCGUGUCCUGCAUCAACGACGAACCGCUCUUCACCGUCGAGCAGGUGAUCGAGGAGAUUGAGGAGCUGAUGGAAGAGUCUCCAGACCCAGAGGAUGAUGAGAGCCCGUCCCAGUCAGACCUGUCCAUGCUCUCCCAAGACCUCAGCAACCUCAAACGCUCCAGCUCCAACACCAGCUAUGAGGACCGCCUGCAUCGUCUGUCAGUCUCCGAGCUGAGCGAGGCCUUGGAGGAGGUGGAGACAGCCAUCAGGCGCUACAGUGAGGAGCUGAUACAGGCCCUGGCCCUGAGGGACGAGCUGGACUUUGAGAAGGAGGUGAAGAACAGCUUCAUCUCGCUGCUCAUCGACGUGCAGAACCGGCAGAAGGAGCACCGCGAGCUGCUCCGCAAGAAGAAGAAGAUCAAGCCCACAGGCAGCAAUCCGAGGGCAGACAGGACACACGUCCCUGGGACGCUCUUCACUAUGGAGGGACUCUCCACUGUCAUUCAGAACGGCCUCCGUCAAACUUUCGGCAGCACAGGAGGGGACAAACAGUAUCUGACCACAGUUAUCCCCUAUGAGAAGAAGGCUGGCUCCCCCUCUGUGGAAGACCUUCAGAUCCUCACCAAGAUUUUGCAUGCCAUGAGGGAGGACAGUGAGAAGGUGCCCAGCCUCCUAACAGACUACAUCCUCAAAGUGCUGUGUCCCACAUAGACCUACUGGAGGAGCCCCCUGUUCUAGAAUGUUCUGACAGAACACUCAGGAGCUGCAGAGUUCUGGAACAUACCAAUGGAAGGAGAGCCCCCCCACCCCUACAAUAAGGUGGACUCUUCCUGUUGGAGUGUUUUUUUCCCCCCACAACAUCUUUUCCCUCGACUAAUGAAAUUCACAUUUUAAUGCCUGAUGUUUUACCUUACCUUUUACGUGUAAUUUUAAGUGUGUUUUAAUGUUCUAAUGCUAUAAUCUCACCUUCUCUGCAUGUUAGUGACUCUGUUAGCCUGUUGCCAGUAUUACUCUCAAUUGUCUAAAGUCGCUUUCUGUACUUAUCUCCAUCUUCCGUUUGCACUAAUGUAAAAUAACUUGAGAGGGAAAACAAAUUCCUGUCUCUAAAUUCACCGGCCUGUCUUUUCACAUCAGUUAAGAAUAGGGUGAGGAGAAGUCACUUGACAAUUGGAAUGCAGCUUUCCUCUCAGUUAGACUGGCCAAUACCCUCUGACUGGGGUAUAUAGGAGGGAUGGGGAAAUAAGGCUUCUUGAACCUCUAUGGGCGGGAUCAGUCAUGGAGUCCAAUGGGAGCUCUCCACUUUAUCAGAGCGCUCCUAUGGGUCAGAGUAAUUAAUCAUUGACAGACCAUGGUAUUGGUAGGGUUCAGAAGCCUUGUUUUAUUUCCAUCUCUUGGAUUUUACAUUUCACAAACCCUGUCAGUUUGUCUUUGCAUGCUGCUACAUAUGAUUAGGGAGCUGCACCAGUGAAAUGUUAUAAAGCAUUAUUUUGUAUAUUACAAUAUGAAAUUGCACAAAUAGAAAAUGUUUUUUUAAGUGAAAACUUCUCGAAAAAGGGAAAAAAUUAUGACAGAAGUUAGUAAGAAGGUAACCGAAAGAACAAACUUGUACAGCUUUUUAUUUUUCUGUAGUUUAAGAGAAAUUAGGGACUUUUUGCUGCCAGUAGAGUGUGGCCACUUAUUAUGACAUCACCAUUGUUAUGUAAACACUAGCUGUCAACCUCUGACCCCUCCUAGUGACAUGUUACAUUAUGACAUCACCCUGUAUACUUGCCUGCCUCAUUCCUCACCUCUUAGUAUGUACAGUAAGUUCAGGGUUAUUUGAGUAUUUUAAUGGAUACAGCAUCAAUAUUAGGAUGUCAAAUAAUGGUUAAAUUGCUGUGAGUUGAUCCUACCAUGUUGUUUUUAGAACCAAUAACUCUUUGAUGUUGUGUUAAGGUUGGGGAUCAAGUGAUGACAUAAUCAGUUGGUGAUCUGUUCUUGUCCAGUAGAUGUAGCAACAGUAGUAGAUCACAAUAGUUUUAUGUACUUAUGGAGACAAUGUAACGGAUGAAGGGAGGUUUCUGUACAAAGGCAGGAGAGAUCCUUCAAACGCAAACAUUUCUAAAACCUCUUGUCUUCAUCCACAACCACUAACCUUCAGCACUAUCUAUCAUAUCAACGCUAUACUUGGUACGCCACAAUCCUGUCAAAUCGUCAGCAGUAACUAAGCUCCGUGCACAAUAAUUGCAAUCGCACACAAACCGAUCAGGUCCAGUCUAUCACUACUCUAUACCCGGCGCAGUGGUUCCACAACCGCCUCCACAGUAGUAGAGCAUUAUGGAUCGUGUUAGGAUGAAGAGCGCCGAUGUUGUUACUCCAUGCUUGGGGAUAAUGUUGUAACAUUAGCAAGCCCCGCAUCCUACAGCUUGAGUAGCCAUGUAGUAGGGUUCGUCAGUCCUAGGCCUGAGUAGUAGUAUAAUAACAUAAGUCAUAAGGUUACAGACAAGUAUAGGCUAGAACCUGAAGACCUAGCUAAGUGGUUGUUGUUGCAUCAGCUUGUAGUAGUUCAAUAGUAAAACUACUGUUGCUUAACUGUUGGAGUAACUGCUGGACAAAGUAUUUAGUAGCAGCCAGACACCUAUAGACAGCAACUAGACAUCCCAGGUACCUGACCGGCCGCUGGAAGUCGAUGGUAGUGCCAGUUCUGUCCUCACUAUUAGAGGUCAGGGGUAGUGAGUCGGAAUCAUGGCGUCUAAUGGAAGCUCUCUUUUCCCUGGAUCAAAGUGUUGUGAAGAGGUAAUGGGUUUUAGUUGAGGGUCUCAGAAGGUAGAUUUCUUUAGUAAGGGAAGCCAGCAAAGCCACUAGACCUCUACGUACUGUACAGAAUCACUUGUAACUAUCUUUCAAUUGUAGCAAGCUUCAAAAGCAUUCAUAACCCCUAGCAUGUUCUGCAUGCACUUUAUCUACUUUUACUUCAAGUAAAUCAAAUGAAUGGUGAGCAAUAAUGUCACACUGAAGGAAUCCUUAGCAUUGAACCACAUUGCAAUAAGAAAGUUAAGCCGAACUGAAAUGUAAACUAGCUUGGGUGGGGUUUUGGAGUUGAAUUGAUAAGUAUAAUUUGGGUUGUCUUGGAGCCUCGUCCCUCUCUUGUCGCCUGGUCCCUCUAUUUUAGCAAACAUAUCAGCAUAUAUCCACACUUUAUUGAGAGAAUUAUAUUUAUAUAAACAUAAGCAACAACAAAGGCUGCCUUUGUAAAUGCCUGAAAUGUUGUAUAUAGAAUCUACUCAUUUAUUUUUAAUGCAAUAUACUUCUUCCCCCAUUUGGGGUCUUUAUGUUUACUUGUCUUGUUGUCAUGUGGUACUACAGUACAUUAAUUUAUUCAGUAAAUGUUUGUUUUGUAACCAUAUUAUUGACAAGUGGUUAAAACUUUUUGUGCCAGAAUUGCAUUUGGUGCUCAUUUUAAAAUAAAAUAAUGAUAUGUUGACUA